AUGCUUGGAAAGCGCUUGUGCGACAAAGCGGAAGAGGAGCACGAUUUGAUGGAAUAUCUCACUGAUCCCAAAUAUGCGGAUCUAGUCAAUGAUCCAAAAUGGGUGAAGUUUCUAGAAAAACAGGACGAAUUCCGGGCGAACUUUGCGACUCUUGGUCGAACCAGUGUCAAGGGAUAUGAAGGAAAACAAAUCACUGUUUCCGGAGUAACAAUCAAUUUGUAA